AUGCCCCGGGGCAGCGGGGCCGCCCCCCGAGGGGCUCUCCCCGAAGCGGAGCCGCUCCGGGUGCCGGUGGCCGUGAGGGGCCCCCAGCCCCGCGGGGCUUUAUCUGCCCCGGGGCGCCGUUAUCUCCCAGCACGGACCAUCUGCUCGGGGGGGCGGGCACCGGCACUGCUCGGCCCUGCUCGCCACGUGCACGGCGUCCCCCUCGCCCGCUGCCACCGAGCAUCCCCGGGGGUGCCACUCGGCGCUGGCACCGGCACUUGCAGAGGGGAGCGGCGGCCCCGUCCCGGGAGGGGUCCCGGGGCGCCCCGCCACGUGCUGCCCGCCCCGUCCGGGGCCGCGCGCGGCGGCGCGGCGGAACAAUGCACGGUGGGAAAUGCAGUCCUCCAUUCAAAGCCCCAAAAACGCGCCAAGCCGCCCGCUCGCCCCCCCUCCGUGCCCGCCGCCACCGCCAGGGACCCCAGCCCGCCCCGCGGCCCCGGGACACCGGGGAGCCGCGAGCGCAGCGCCGAGUUGCACCGAGGGCGGCUCCGCAAGGCAGCGGGCGGCCCCUUUGUCCCGGCCCGACGGGGCAGCGCGGCCGCCUCCCGCCGCCGUGCCCGCUCCGGCUCCCCGCGGCCCCCCCGCCCGGUGCCGCCGUCCCGGCCCCCGCCCGGUCCUGCCUGCGCGGGGCCGCCGUGGGAGCGCGCGCGGGGAUCUCGCGGAGCCCCGACGGCGGUAGCGGUGGCUCCGCCGAGCGCGUGGUGCGGCUCGCGCUCGACCGCCCCCUCCGCCCGCGCGCGCGCGCCGCCGGCCCGCCCCCCUCCGCACUACAACCCCCAGCGCGCCCCGCGCUCGCCGCGCAUGCGCACCGCCGAUCCACCACCCCCCCCCGCCGCCGCCAUGUGCUCGCCGCGCGCGCGCCCCCUCCCCCUCGCCCCACGCGCACCAGCCACGCGGGGGCGGCGCGAGACACCCUCAGCCCCCCACAACACAUACACACACCCCCCUCACGGCCCGGGGGAACACCCGGGGACCCCCAAAAACCAGCCCCGAGCCCCCCAGCCCCGGACCCACCACCCCGCACCGCCCCGAGUUUCGGCCUCUCCCGCCGCCGCCUCCCCGGUCCAUUGUUGGUGCCGCGGAAGCCGCCGGCCGUGGACGGGGCGGGCGCGGGGGGCCCCGCGUUGCGGAGGAGCCGCGGGCCCGCGCGGGGCGAGCCCGGCGCACUCCUACAGGUGGGUGGCGGCCGCCCGAGCCCCGCACAGCGCUGCCGCCCCCGCGCUCCCCGCACCGAGCCCCGGCUCAGGGGUGCCCGUCCCGGUGCCCGUCCCCCAGCCCCGGGCAGCCCGCGCCGGCCGGCACUGA